AUGGCAGAGCCAAGCAACAACAGCAGCACCACAAAACCCAGAUUGGUAAUCUGCAUAGGCGACAUCCAUGGCUACAUCACAAAGCUUCAAAAUUUGUGGUCAAAUCUAGAAACCCAAUUCGAACCACUAGACUUUAACACUGCAACAAUCAUCUUCUUAGGCGAUUACUGUGACAGAGGCCCAGAUACCAAGAAAGUCCUAGAUUUCUUAAUAAACUUACCUUCAAAGUACCCGACUCAAAAGCACGUGUUUCUUUCAGGCAAUCAUGACUUUGCUUUCGCUGCUUUUGUCGGUGUUGUGCCUGAGCCACAAAACGGGGCGUUAUUUAAGGAAGGAUGGAAGGAGUAUGAAGAGAGUGAGGACAGAGAAGGGUGGUAUAAAGGAGAUGGUUAUGAAAAUAUGCAUUUGCAAGGGAGAAGGUGGGCUGGUCAUAUUAAGGUUAGCUUUAAUACUAUUAAAGGGACUGAAUAUAAGGGCUCUAUUUAUGAUGCUGGUCCCACUUUCACUUCUUAUGGUGUCCCUCAUGGAUCUUCUGACUUAAUGAAGGCGGUUCCUGAUGAUCACAAGAAGUUUCUGGCUGAUAUGGUUUGGGUCCAUGAAGAGGAUGACGUGUGUAUAGAGGAUGAAGGAGGAAUUAAACACUGUAAAUUGAUUGCCGUGCAUGCUGGUUUAGAGAAAGGGAAAAAUGUGGACGAACAGCUGAAAUUUUUGAAAGCUAAGGAGACUCAUGUGCCCAAGAUAGAGGCUCUUAGUGGGAGGAAAAGUGUUUGGGAUAUCCCAAAGGAAUUAACCGAGAAACCAACCAUUGUGGUUAGCGGCCACCAUGGGAAACUUCAUAUUGAAGGUCUUAGAUUGAUUAUUGAUGAAGGUGGCGGGUUUGAGAAUAAACCAGUGGCUGCAAUCGCUCUUCCCUCAAUGAAGCUUGUUCGUGAUACUGAUAAUUUGACAAAAUAG